AUGAUCGCUGGUAAAAAGAAUGGUAUAGCUGAUUUCUUAUCUCGUAAAUAUGAUAAUUUCCAAUGGGAUGAAUCGUUUUUAAAUAAAAUUAAGGAAGAACAAAUCAAUUCUCAGUGGCUAUUAGAGAUGAAAAAGAAUCCAAAUUUAUGCAUUGAAGAAAUUAAUGAUAUCUGGUACCUUAAUAAAGAAACUAUUCGUACCCUAAUUAGAGAAUAUCACGAUACCAAAUAUAGUGGUCAUCACGCUUUAGAUAUCACAUACAAUAAUAUAAGACAAGAUUACUAUUUCAAAGAAAUGUUUUCAAUUAUCAAGAGGUACAUAAAGUCUUGUGCAACAUGUCAAUUGAACAUUAACCGUAAAGAUAAAGGUAUACUCCAAAGUUUAGAAAUUCCCUUUGAAGUUUGGAGAGAUAUAUCAAUCGAUUUCUUAUCUCUACCAAAAACAAUGUAUGCACGAAACGGAUUUACAGUUGAUGUCGAUCAAGUUUGUAUCAUUGUUUUUCCAUGCUACAAGACAAUAGAUGCCCCAACAUACCGCUCAAUUAUUGUUGAAUCAUGUGUUCAGACUCCAUGGUUAUCCAAAGGUUACCCAGAACCUGAAUGGAUCAAAGAAGUCGACACAGACUGUGAAGAGUUAGUCAGAGAGUAUUGGAAUAAGGUGCAGAAGAAACAAUUAAACUCAAGAAGAGAAAGAGAGAAUGUAACUACAGAAGCCGUUAAGCCAAUUGUGUCAUCUCCACUCUCCCAAGAAGUUCAAAGUUCUCAAACAUUGCAACCAAUUACUCCAAGACAACAAAACUCCAACUCAAAUCAAAGAAACCAAUCAAAGAAAAGAAAAUCAAGAAAUCAAGAUACUUCAAGUGAUGAUGAUGAACUUGAUCUUAGUUUACAAAUUAAAACAACUAGAUCAGGGAGAAAAGUUACACCCAAGAGAUUAUAG